AAAUACCCAAAAUGAAUAUCGAGCAAGAGGACAUUCUGAGCGAUCGCUUGAUCGACGCGCUCAACACGUCCAUUUCGUCUGCAGCGGCUGGGCCUGCAGUGCUGGGUCAGCAUGGGAGCCAAAGCAGCCUGACUGCGCUCGGACCAACCCCACCGCCGCUCGCCUCUCCGUACCAUCAGCAGCAUGGCCAUGGUCAAGGACACCCGCGGCACGACGCCGGAUCGCCGCUCUCGUCGUUGUCGUCGCGAGGUGCUGCCGCUCGGGCUGCGAAUGGCGCUUCGCCGUACUCGACGUCCAACUCCUCAUUCACGUCAUCCCCUGCAUCCACGAGCCCGACGCUGACACCAGACAUGACAUCCUUGCAACAACAACAACAGCAGCAGCAGCAGCAGCAGCACGGCUACAGCGAGCCGUUCGCACCGCUGUCUCCCGCCGGGCGAACGCACGCAGCCGCCAUGUCAAUGUCGCUCGGAUUGGCACCGCCGUCCUCCUCGACAGCGCUCGUGUCCACAGCGCUCAAUCUGACCAGCGUCGAUGAAUACGGCCGAGCUGUUGCGGAGGCCGCACGACUCGUCGAUCGCCGAAACCUGCUUGCUGCGUUUAAAGCUUCCGUCCAAUCGGUGCUGAGCCAUGCUGCACAUAAUGGAUCGAGUUUGGACGACACCAGCAUAGGCGUGCAACAGUUCUGUCUCAUCCUCGAGAAAAUUCUUUACCAUGGCCUCAAGCCGCCGAAAAAGGGAUGGAUUUCCUCUCGUCAUUGUGAAUUCUGGGACGUCCUCGAGCUGGCUGCUGCCGACAAUCGCCGAAAAAGCGCGCUUGUCGUCAGCCGUCUUCGGCCAGUUGUGACUGCCAUCGAGUCGUACUGCAAAAGCCCCAGGGGCAAGUCUCGCGUGUUCAUCCGCAUGGCCUUGAUGGAAAAGCGUCUGGCCGAGUAUCUCCAGUUUGUUCUCCAGAAUCCAGAACGGCUCGGAGAGUACUACGAGCGGGAGGCAUUGUUGCGCGGCGAGGAAGAGUCGCUUUUAAUCAUCGGCUCGUUGGUCGGGUUGAACGUCAUAGAUUUCAUCUUUUGCAUCAAAGGCACACAAAUGGAUGAUCCAACAGAGCAGCCAAUAGACUUUGGCACUCUCCUGCUGAUGACGGCAAGCACGAGAACCGAUUCAGCACUUGAGGAUGCCAAACAGAGUGAACAACGCUUUCCCGUGUCAUCGGUGUGGAGAAAUCCACCGGCUUCUCCUCCGACAUCGGCAGCCAAUCUAGCGCCACAAGUGUCCUCUUCCACUGUGGCCUCUUUUUCCGCGACCGUGCCGUUUACAGCUACAUCGCCAGUUGCAGCCGCAGUCAGUCGCGAAGGGCUACUUGCGCAAAUCGAUGCGCUGCAGAGACAAACGCGGGUCUUGCAAGAGCAAAAGUCGUAUAUUGAACAGCUCUUGAGAACCAAAGAGAGCGCUCUCGAGAGCGAGUCCAUGCUUCGACGUGUGGCCGAGACGCAGGCCGAUAAACUUCGCACCGAAGUUUACACGUUGCGCAGUCAAGCGGAAAGCGAGCGGACUCAGGCGCAAACACUUCUCACAGAGCUUCGAAGACAUCUCGGCGAUGACGUUGCCAAGCGAGUGCUAGCGAGCGCUAAUCCACGCAGCCAUGGCGCAAUUCAAAGCAAUCGUCUUCCAUCCUAUGCGACGCGGACCAGCCACACGUUUGAAAAUGACGAAUAAAAAAUAAAUAAAAUCAAAUAAGGAAAA